CAGACACCGCGGCGCGGCUGCGCAGUGCCGGGGAGGCUUUUAAUUCCAUUGUGGAGAGGACGGCGUUAUUUUUAUUAACUGGAGGCGACGGCGGCUGCGGCGGCGGCGGUACCCCCAGGCCUGCUCCGGGGUAUGAAAAUCGGCAGCGGGUUCCUGAGUGGCGGCGGCGGGACCGGCAGUAGCGGUGGUAGCGGCUCCGGCGGCGGCUCCGGCGGCGGCUCCGGCGGCGGCGGCGGCGGCGGCGGCGGCGGCAGCAGCAGGCGGGGAGAGAUGGAGCCCACCUUCCCCCAGGGUAUGGUCAUGUUCAACCACCGGCUGCCCCCGGUCACCAGCUUCACCCGGCCGGCGGGCUCGGCCGCCCCUCCCCCGCAGUGCGUGUUACCCUCCUCUACCUCCGCAGCCCCGGCCGCCGAGCCCCCCCCGCCGCCGGCCCCGGACAUGACUUUCAAGAAGGAGCCGGCGGCGUCCGCCGCGGCCUUCCCCGCGCAGAGGACCUCCUGGGGGUUCCUGCAGUCCUUGGUGAGCAUCAAGCAGGAGAAGCCCGCCGAACCCGACGAGCAGCCGCCGCAGCAGGGCCCCCCCCACCACCACCAUCACCACCACCACCACCACCACCACCACCACUUCGGGGGCCUGUUCGCGGGCGCCGAGGAGCGGUCGCCAGGCCUGGGCGGCGGGGACGGGGCCGGCCACGGCGUCAUCCAGGACCUCAGUAUUCUGCACCAGCACGGCCAGCAGCAGCAGCAGCAGCCGCCGCCGCAGCCGCCGCCGCCGCAGCAGCAGGCAGCCCAGCACCACCGCGACGUGCUGCUCAGCGGCAGGACUGAUGACCCCCAUGGCAACGAGGAGCCAAAGCAGGACGCCAAUGUCAAAAAGGCAAAGAGGCCAAAGCCAGAAUCUCAGGGAAUCAAAGCCAAGAGGAAGCCAAGUGCAUCUUCCAAACCGUCGCUGGUUGGAGAGGGGGAGGGCGCCGUCCUGUCCCCCAGUCAGAAACCUCAUAUCUGUGAUCACUGUAGUGCUGCUUUCCGGAGCUCCUACCACCUGCGGAGGCACGUCCUCAUCCACACCGGCGAGAGGCCCUUCCAGUGCAGCCAGUGCAGCAUGGGCUUCAUCCAGAAAUACCUGCUGCAGCGGCACGAGAAAAUCCACAGCCGGGAGAAGCCGUUCGGGUGCGACCAGUGCAGCAUGAAGUUCAUCCAGAAGUACCACAUGGAGAGACACAAGAGGACGCAUAGUGGAGAAAAGCCAUAUAAAUGUGACACUUGCCAACAGUAUUUUUCACGGACCGAUCGACUGUUGAAGCACAGGCGCACGUGUGGGGAAGCCAUAGCCAAGGGAGCCGCCAGCAGCGCAGACCCGGGGGCGGCGGCGGCGGCAGCAGCGGCGGCGGCGGCAGCGGCCGGGGCGGCCUCCGUGUCCAACCACAACAGUAUGGGCAAUCUGGCUGUGUUGUCUCAGGGAAAUACAAGUUCCUCGCGGAGGAAAGCGAAGUCGAAAAGCAUCGCUGUCGAGAGCAAGGAGCAGAAGCCCGGGAAGGCGGGCGAGUCGCCCAUUUCCAACAGCCUGAACUUGCAGAGUUACUCGGUGGAGAUGCCUUCCGCCUCCUCCAGUGGCGGCAUCCUGGGCACCGGCAUCGAGGAACUGCAGAAGAGGGUGCCAAAACUGAUCUUCAAGAAAGGAAGCAGGAAGAAUACCGAGAAAAACUACCUUAACUUUGUGUCGCCCUUGCCAGACAUCGUGGGGCAGAAGCCCCUGUCUGGGAAACCGAGUGGCCCCCUGGGCUUGGCGUCCAAUAACAGCGUGGAGACCAUUAGCCUUCUCCAAAGUGCAAGUGGCAAACAAGGUCAGAUAAGUAGCAAUUACGAUGAUGCCAUGCAGUUUUCCAAGAAAAGAAGAUACUUACCAACUGCCAGCAGCAACAGUGCCUUUUCUAUAAACGUGGGACACAUGGUCUCCCAGCAGUCCGUCAUCCAGUCUGCAGGUGUCAGUGUUCUGGACAAUGAGGCCCCCUUGUCACUUAUUGACUCCUCAGCGCUCAAUGCUGAAAUUAAGUCUUGUCACGACAAGUCUGGAAUUCCUGAUGAGGUUUUACAAAGUAUUUUGGAUCAAUACUCCAACAAAUCAGAAAGCCAGAAAGAGGAUCCCUUCAGCAUCGCAGAGCCACGUGUGGAUUUACACACCUCAGGAGAACACUCAGAAUUGGUCCAAGAAGGAAGUUUGAGCCCAGGCACCCAAACGCCUGUGAAUGAUAAGGCAGCCGUGUUACAAGAAUACUCCAAAUACCUCCAGCAGGCUUUUGAAAAAUCCUCUAAUGCAAGCUUCACUCUUGGACACGGUUUCCAGUUUGUCAGUUUGUCUUCGCCUCUCCACAACCACACUUUAUUUCCAGAAAAACAGAUAUACACUACAUCUCCUUUGGAGUGUGGUUUCGGCCAAUCUGUUACCUCAGUGUUGCCAUCUUCAUUGCCAAAGCCUCCUUUUGGAAUGUUGUUUGGAUCUCAGCCAGGUCUUUAUUUAUCUGCUUUGGAUGCUACACAUCAGCAGUUGACACCUUCCCAGGAGCUGGAUGAUCUGAUAGAUUCUCAGAAGACUUUAGAGACUUCCUCGGCCUUCCAGUCGUCAUCUCAGAAAUUGACUAGCCAGAAGGAACAACAGAAAAACUUAGAGUCCUCGACAAGCUUUCAGAUUCCAUCUCAGGAGUUAGCUAGCCAGAUAGAUCCUCAGAAAGACCUAGAGCCUAGAACAACAUACCAGAUUGAGAACUUUGCACAAGCGUUCGGUUCUCAGUUUAAGUCGGGCAGCAGGGUGCCAAUGACCUUUAUCACUAACUCUAAUGGAGAAGUGGACCAUAGAGUAAGGACUUCAGUGUCAGAUUUCUCAGGGUAUACAAAUAUGAUGUCUGAUGUAAGUGAGCCAUGUAGUACAAGAGUAAAGACACCCACCAGCCAAAGUUACAGGUAAGGUCCCAAAAGUGACCGGGCUGGAGGUUCUUAUAAUGUAAUUUUGUUUUAUUUUGAGAACACUGCCAUUGGAAUGUUUCUACACGAUCCUAUUAAGAAUAAUGUAAUGCCCUUUCAAUGCAACUUUUCAUAUUUAGUUUAUUUUGUUAGCGUGAUUUUAGCUCUGUUUGUAUUAUGAUUUUUAAUCAAAAUCAAUAGAUUAAAAAUAGUUUGACAUUCAAAGUGACAAUGUUUAGCAAUCAAAUUUACAUGUGUAGAUUGUCAGGGAAUAGCCCAAAAGUUUUAAAUGCAAAAAUUUAAAAAACCUUCUACAAAAAAACACAAAAAUACAAAAUGCAAAAAAAAUAAACAAAAACUUUGUUGCUAGGAUUAAGGUUAUUCUAAUUGCUUUACUCUCAGGAAAGUGUAAUAACGCAUGGAAAUUCUGUACGUUAUCACUGUAAUGGAAUAUCCAAUUUACAGAUAGUAUGAUAUAACAUUUUGUCAUUUAAGUAAGGGAUCGAAAAAACAUUUCAAAUUGCUCUUUCUUGGGGCUGAUGUGAUAGACAUUUCAUCAUUUAAGUAAGGGAUCGAAAACAUUUCAAAUUGCUGUCUCCAUCUGGGCUGAUCCAAAAUUCUGAGAUAUUGGCUACCUAUAUUUUGUUGCAGCUUUUAAAUGUACUCCGAACUUCCAAAGCACAUUCAUUCCAGCCUGGUAGAACAAAUCUUCUUGGAUCUUUGAUCAAAGCCUGGAAUGAUAGCUUUAAUAAAAGGAAAAAAAAAAAAGCACCCUCUCCUUUUCCAACCAUAACAAGGCUGUAAUUCCAUUAAGGGUCUACUGACAAGUGGCAUGGGGUUGACGCCCUAGAGGUUGGUUGAUUCCAGUAUUAAAACCACGUUGGAAUUAAAAUAUUAUUUGAAAUUGGGGUAUGCAUUAUUAUACAUGGCUUAAAAAAAUUAUUCUCUUGUCUGUGCUGGUACAUAUCACCCACACUUUUGUUUUUUAUGCUCUUGUCAAUCUAUCCUGUUUCUUAAGAGUUCUGGGCUUUCCAUUUUCUCUGUUCUCCCUACUUUGACAGUUUUAAUUUUAGAAUGAUUUACAUUCCAGUUGGUAAUGUAUUACUCAUUUUAUAUGCCUUAUGGCAUCCAAAUAAAUAAUAGGAUAAAUACCCCACCACCACCAUUUUUUAAAAACAGUACCCCAUGUAGAUUUCCAUGUAUAAUGAAAUCCCAUGUACUCAAAGCUAUAGAUACUAAUAAAGUGGUAAUUCCAACUGGUGACAGAACUAGUGUGAGAGAUGAGUGUCUGCAUUUAGUAAUGACAUCAGAACCUCUCUGUGAAAUUGCAGCCUUUAAUGUACAUUUUGAAAGGGUGCAUUAGUCAGUAUUGUACAGGGGUCCUGUAAAGUCAUCAAAACUUGCUAUGAAUGCUAAUUGCCAUUUGAAGCUGCUGAUAAGACAGUAGCUCUGCUCUAAACCACUUUUUAGCAAUUGUAUUUUUUUCCUGAUUAUAUUUUUUAAUGUACUUUGAUGUUUAUGCUGAUGAGUUUUUUUAUGUACUUUCAGUGAUGUUUCAGUCUUAUGUACUCUUCUGGCGUCAGAAAAGUACCACUGGUUGUUUGCAGUCUUAUUGUGUAAUCAGCCUACCACAGGCUUCCAUGUAUAAUAAAGUAAUUAAUAUUGUGCAAGUGUAAAACACUUCUGUUAUGAAAGCAGUGUUUGGAAAAUAAGAAAUUAUUAAAAAAUGGUUACAAAAUGCUAGUUAAUUUCCUUUCCCACUUUUCCUCCCAUAAGCCUGCUUUACCAGGCUAAAGGGUCACCUUUUUGUCAUUGCAGGAUUCUUAGAAAAUGUGUUUGAUUUUCUAAAAUACACUCAAUACUAAAAAAAGUCUGUAUUAUUUUGGUGAGGUAAGUUCUGUUGGGUACAGAGUACAAGCUGUAAUCUUUUCAAGGGAUGGAGAGGACCUUUACCACUGUAUCUUAAGCUGUAUGAUUUUCCUCCAGUGUUUUGUUUUAUACAGGUUUUGAAUUUCUUUAACUUUUAUUGUGUGUACUGAAUACUGCAUAUGUAUUAUUCUGAUUGUUUGCUCUAGUUUACUACCAAUAAAAGACCUGUUAAUCACAAAAUUGAAGAAAGGAGAUAUCACUUAAUAUCCAGUUAACAUUUUUCAGAUUUUUUUCCUGUUACUUAUAUUGUAUAAAAUGUCCACAUCAUGGUUAUCACCUGCAGCUUAGGGACUUGUAUUUUGUACUUCAAAGAGUUAAGUAUUUUCUUGUUCCUAGAUUUGUGCUGUUUGAAAAUUCAUUGAAUAUUUCGUGUUGGAGACAUAGUACAUGGAACAAUAGAAAUUAAAUAUUGUUUGUUAGAGCGUUUUCUUCUUGAGAUUGGGUUUGUCAUCCUACAUAAUCCAGAGGGCUUGUUAAAUGCAGCUUUAUUUUAAAUCAGGUUCCAGUGUCUUUUGGUUCUACCCGGGUACAUUAUUUUUGCCUCAAAAAUGUAAUAAAGUGGCUGUGGCAUAAAUAAAAAUGGCCUCAAGCAUUUAAAAAUGCUUAAGACCAGGAAAUGAACUGUUAUGUCACACUUAACGAAAAAGGAUGAAAAUAGGGAGGCUCUAAGACAAAUACUGAAGAUGGCAGGGAAAGUGUUUGAGAGUAAAUAUAUUAACUUCUAAGAGUGGAGAAAAAGUGUAGAUAACUGUAAAGUGUGGAAAUUGUGCUUUGAAAAUUAGUAAUCACAGAUGUUAAAUUUGUAGGAAUUAGAAACUGAAAAAAAAUGUUUUCACAGAGUAGGUCUUUGAGGCUUUGUAUUUUUUUUUCUAUACUAUGAUUGAGAAAUGAUAAAUUAUUAAGCACAGAUGGAUUUGGGUUGUUUUGGUUUUGUUUUUUGUUUUUCAGUAGAGAAAUACCUACUUUGUAGUCCCUUGUGACUGGGAAAAGUAAAUUAGUGUUUCCUUUGCCCAGGAUUGAUGAUUCCCUAGUUUGGGUCAUUUUCCUGAGCAAGAGUCGCCUAGCAAAUUCUCCCUGGUUCUGCUCGGAACUCCCCCCUAGUGUCUCUGUUCAAGAUUCACCGGAACAGAGUCUUGUUUUACAUACUACUUCCCCUUUUUAAAAAAAAAAAAAAUCAUGUAGAAUGUCUGUAUCUGAAUAUGGUCAUUUCAACAUUAAACCUUUUGCGUUUAAGGUGUUAAGAAUACUAAGACUUGGAAAAUUAUCUUUUGCGUUUUUCAUGUGCUGCUUUACAGUCAGGAUUUGGGCAAACAGAUGAGCAGCUAUGGUCAGUACCUUGAGAGGUAAUCUAAUAAUGGGAACAGUGAAAGUUGUGUCAUGUUCAUGUUUUUUUUCCUAAUUGCAAAUAGUGAUGAAAAUAUUUCUCUCUCAAAUUUAGUUCUAUGUAUAAUAAUCAGGUGGGACAUGCGGAAUUUUUUUUUUCAUUGUUGGUAUUUGACAUUUUGUAGUUCCUUGCAUGUAAGCUUGAACUUGGUGACACUUUCAUCAAUGUGAGGGUGUACAAUCCUUAGCUUCCCAGUGCCCAAAUUCUUGUUAGACUGAAGAACUUUGCUUCCCCACUCUCCAAAAGCAAAUAGCUUGUAGACUUCAAAAAUUACCAUUUUAGAGCUAACUGGAUCUGCAGAAGGAGCUUAUCCUUUUCUGAGUUUAGGGGCCUCUUGGUUUCUGUGAUCUGUAAUGGCAGCAUUUUAUCUCGGCUGUGGUACAACUGAACAGAUGCAAUGCCUUUGUUAGUCUCGUGACGUUAUCCGUGCCUGAGAGUGCAGGAGGCUGGCUGGGAAUGGUCCACAGGUAUUUUUGUUUGCCCUCUUCGUAUGUAAGAGGAGAGGGCUGUGGUAGUUCACCAGUCUCCUUGUACCCUCUGAGCAGAUAAAGAGUUCCGGGUAGAUUCUGAGAGGAAAAUGUGUAAAUCCCACUUACAUAUUUUUUUUUAUAUCCUUAAAGUUUCAUUUAAAAUAAACGUCAGCAUAUGGACGGUAUUAAAGAAUACUCUAAAUCCUGAUGGGAAAAAUACUCUGGUGGGAAAGAAAAGUUCCCUGUGAGAUUAUGGUUGGUUUUACAAAACGAUUACCCCAAGGACAGCAGCUGCUUUUAAAAUGAUUUGUUUGCUUUGUACCUGUUUGGCUCUUUAGAAAAGUGCUGACUGUUUUUGAGUGUGAUUAACUUAAGCAUAUUCUAUUUACAUUCUAGGGGAGAAUUGCAUAUUGCAUAACAGUUUUUAGGGCUGCAGGCUCUUUGGGGCAGCUGUUGAUAGGAUGAUGACCCGCCCCCCCCCCAUCCCAACCCUGUAUAACUAGAAAUAUGUCAGCACACAGGAGUUACAAGCCAGUCUACAUGUUUAUAAGAUGCUCUCCCUGCCCCCAACUUCCCAACCCCCCCCCAAAUGAGACUUAGGUUAAGCAUUCUUGCUUUAAAAAUACUGCAGUGGCCGAAGAGAGACCAGUUGACUGAGGGCAUGCUUUGCCUACAUGCAAAGUUAGGGUUCAGUUCUAUUCUGGUUUGGUCAGAAAACAAUAACACCCCUGCCAAAAUAUUGAAAUCUUAGUGUGCAAAUAAACUGGAAGGUCAAUAUCUAAAUCAAAAAAUGUGUCAAAUACUAAAUUUCUCUCUGCAAUUUAGCUUUUAAGGAGUCUGUGUUGGCUAUAUAAUAGCACAUACAUAAUAGAGUUUUCUGAUAAACUGGUCAAAUAAUAAGUAGAAUAGGAUUUAUGAAAUCUUUACAGUUUCUCGUUUGAUAAUAAGUACCAUAGAGAUGCUAGCCUGGACAAUUGUUCAGUGUUUUCUGUCAACAAAGGAAAGUUAACAAUGUAUAAUGACUGCAGUCAGCCACUUGUAGUCCCACAGAAGUGGCGUCCCUCAGAUGGAAAUAGGCAGAAAUGAACUCAUAACCAACCCCCUACCUUUUCACCUAGAAGUGAUCAUGUACGAUCUUAAUAGCCAAGACUAUUUCAUCCAGCCUAAGUUGUGACUAGCUUGAAAGAUACAGUGCAAACAAGCCUUGUCAGGCAUGUUAUAUGUUAUAAAAGAGGUGUCUUUUUAAAAAAUGGACUGAAAAAGAAAAAUUCGAUGAUUUGGACCUUCUCUGCCAGUAGGAAAUCGUGCCCUUUGUAGGGGAUAAAAGAAUAACUGGGCCGAGGGUGUGUGUUAGGGAGGUAAGGAAGAAUGAAGAAGAGGGCUGGGUGUUGGCCUUGAUCUUUUCUCCUCCAUUCUAAGAUAAUUUGCUGUUUCAGUACUGACGGGUUCUAGAGAAUUUAAGUAACUAGAAGGAUAAAGAGGAACUUUGGUUAAAGCGCUGUUCUACUUUGUCUUUCAGUUCAGACUUCUUUUGGUACUUUGGUAUGAACUUUCGUACUGUUGUGGAACAAUUAAUAAAUAACAGACAACUGGUGAAUUUCUGUUUACAUUCCCAAUUUAGGAAAAGAUGGCUAAUCUUUGUGUUUAUGUAUUAAGUCUUUAGUAACUCUAAAAUUGCACAGCCCCCACUGAUGGGUGAGAAUUUUAAAAUAACACCUCUUACCCAGUUACAGUCAAAAUUAUUGUUAUAUGGGAUCAAGUGAGUAUGUGCAAAAUUUAGGGAUUAAGACAAAAAUUGAAUCUACAUUCUCCAACAAAGUGAAAAAAAAUUUACAAGUACAGUGUAUAAAGGCACUGUGUAUGACAAAGGGAAAAAGUGUGAGUGAUUGUAAAACAUUGGAAACUCCCCAAUAAUUAUUUUUAAGUUUUGCUUAGAAAUGUGUUUAAUUUUAACUUGUGACUGGCUCAUUUGUUCCUUCUGCUUAAAAUAAGAAUGUUGUAUUAUAAGUGUUAUUUAUUGGAGGGCUAAAAGUUAUAAUUGGGAGCUAAAAUUAUACUUGAUUUUGGGAUAAGUACAGCUUUUAAAAUCUGGAAGUGAUGUUUUGGAUUAAUUUUGUCAAAGAGUGGAUUGCAAAAUUGAAUGGCGAGAUCAGCAGUAUAACUGGUUGCACAUAAACUAGGCCCUUCGUUCAAGGAAGCCAAGUGCAAACAUUUGAGAGUUCCUUCUCAGGGAAGAGAAUGAGAACUGUAAAUGGGUUUCAUUGUGGGUCUCUCUGAUCAGUUUCAGUAUAGAAAUGGAAAAAAUCCUCAGAGACUGCAGCUUUUUUAGAAAGCGUGAGAUGAGACCCGGAGUUUCAUCCUGCAUAAGUCAGAGGAAUGCAAGUCAUGAAAAUGCUUCACAUUUAAUAGGCAGAACGUAAAUUUUACUUUCAUGAGCUGAGCCUUCAAAAACUGAGCAAGCUUCAUGACACUGCAGAAGUGCAUAUGAGCCCCCUAAAAAUGUAUCCGGUACGGCUUUCCGCCUUCGUUAGGAUAGCAUUUCAACGAGCAUCUUAAAACUGUGCUAAUGGUGCUAAGGGUUUCUGUGGAAUUUGUUUUCUUUGGAUUCAAGAGAAAAUGCUGCAGAAGCUCCAAGCAUUUAAUUUUGUCGUGGAGUUCACUAAGGAAUUAUGCAUGCUUUUAUAUGCAGUCACAUUUAAAAUAGUUUGUUUUCUUCCCAUGACAGGGAUUGAACCUAGGCCCUCACACAUGGAAACCAUGUGCUCUGCCAUUGAGCUCCAUCCUCAUCCAAGCUGCCUUUUGGUCAUGCCAGUGAUUUAGCUGCUCUCUUAAAGGCUUUGCAGGAGAAAUCCGAAACCAUCCUCUCCCCUUUAAGUAAAAGCUGUUGGGGACACAAACCCAGCAAUGCUGCAGUUGGGACAGACAGGGACAUUUGUCCUGCAGUGCUGAGGUUGGGGGACAAGGCCAUUUCCAAUAGAGUUCCUGAGUCUGUGCAGGGGUGAGCCCAGGGCUCCUUGUACAUGCGAGCCAGGUUCUCUGUCACAUGAGUCACAUCCCUGGCUGACUUUUAUUAUCAGGGAAAAAUUAGAUUAGGGCCAGAGUUGGCAUAGAUUGUUUAAAAGUUAUAAAACACUUAGUGAAGGGCGACCGCGGUGAAAAAGUAAGAUGUGUGACUUUUAGAAGUUGUUGGAACAUGUCACAGAUUUGUCUUUGCAGGCGAGGAUGGGCUAUUGUAUAAGGACAGAGGGAAAAAGGGAUCUGAGGAGGCUGGGAUUAAUGGCCGCGUUUACCACAGUCUUACACUUGAGACCUUUCAGAUCUGAAUUAGCUGCAUUUGGAAGACCAAUAAUAACGGUAAACUGAUAUGGGUGCCUCUAGGUACCUGCUGGACUCAAAGUCAAAAUUUCCAUUAUAAGGAUUUUAAGUAGUGUUUCUUAUAAAACAGUUGCACUCAGUUACUUCGUGUGGUCCAUGGUGAUACUUUGAGUGGUCAAGUAAAUAUGAUCACAAAUGCCACCCUCUGAGAAGACAAAAUGGAUUGGGAAAGAUUUAUUAUAGGAUGAGUAGCAAAUUAGAUCUUUGUUGUCAUUUUGUUUUGUUAAAUAUCUCAGGAACUGAUGCCAGGUAGAAAAGAAAUAUUAAAAUAAUAUUUUGUUUGGGUAAUAAUGCCAAGUGUGUGUCUGUUCAAAUGGGGGAUAGAUAGUGUAGGGAAAAAAUGAAAAGCAGGAGAGGUAGUACAGUGGACAGGGCACUUGCCUUGCACACAGCUGAACCCGGUCUGGUCCCAGUCAUCCCAUCUGGUCCCUUGAGCCCCGUAUCGGAUGAUCCCUGAGUACCAAGCCCGGAGUAAGUCCUGAGCACUGCUGCCUGUGGCCCAACCCCCAACAUAAAAAGGAAAUGUUUUUUGCCUUUAGAUACUGUCAGUUCAUCUAUGUAUGAAACUGAAGUUUUGCAUAUCAUGCAAGAACAAUGUUUUAGUAAUGGAUGUAUAUAAUAAUUAACUAAUCCCAACUUCCCAUCGCUUUUAAUGAUAGAAAAUGUUUUCUCUAAUUUCUAACCUUCAAAUAAAUAAUAUGCAUUUAAAACAUAAGAAAAUUUCACUGUAUUAUAUUCAGUCAUUACCCAGC